CAACAAAUAAAACUCGAUCCCAGAUCACUCACUCGUGUUAUACCAUAAUUAAAUUUUCAGGGAGCUCAUACUGACAGCCCGUCGUAUCUCCUCCGUCUUAGCUCUUCUUUUGAAAGAUUCAUGGCCCCACGCCUCAGCAGAGUCCUAGUCGGCGCUCUCUUCUCUCAGUCCGCAACAUCCGUCGCUCCAGUUACGCAGAGGGUGAAGCAAGCAGUUGCUGUUCAUCGCGUUUUACUUCGCACAGUUACACGGCAACGUAACGCCUUCUACUCAAGCCGUUUGCCUACAUCACGUCUCAAACUUCUUGACAGCAGAACCAUAUAUAACACCGUCAACAUGGACAGCAACAACCCUUCCUUCAACAUACCCUUCCCACUCCAGUUUCCCCCUCAGGUCGCCGGAUCCCAGUUUUCUUCUCAAUUCACUCAAAGCCACGGUUUCUUUUCAGCCACAGCAUCUUCAUCAACACAUUCCCACCCCAGCGACCCAAUACCGGAGUUCGUACCUAUCCCAGUCUGGCUUCCUUCUUCAGCUGAGCCGUCAUCUAUAAGACCAAGCAUGGGCGGCGCGAAGGUUCCGAAGGGCCCAAAACGCAAAGGCCCCAAGCCUCGCCAGCAAGAAGCGCCGCUGCCAGGAGGACGCAGCGCAAUCGUAGCUCCAUCGCCCCGGUCCGGCGGCAUCCCCGAACCGUCCCGCGCCUACCUCGAACAAUCCGCCCUGCCACCCUCGCUCCUCCCUCGGCCCCGUGCCAUCCUCGUGGUAAUGGACCUCAACGGCACGCUCCUCUUCCGUCCCGAUCGCCGCCAGUCCCACAAGUUCAUCGAACGCCCUUUCGCCCGGGACUUCAUGCGGUACGCGAUCAGCACCUUCCGGGUAGCCGUCUGGUCGUCCGCCCGGCCGCAGAACGUCGCCACCAUGUGCGCCCAGCUGCUCGGCGGCACCGACUCGGCCCACCACAAGCGCCUCGUCGCCGUCUGGGGCCGCGACAAGUUCGGCCUCUGCCCCGAGGACUACAGCCAGCGCGUCCAGUGCUACAAGCGCCUUGCCCGCCUCUGGGCCGACCCGGCCGUGCAGGCUUCCCACCCGGAUGCCGCCCGCGGUGGCGCCUGGGACCAGUCCAACACCGUCCUGGUGGACGACUCGCUCGAGAAGGCUCGCUCCGAGCCGUUUAACCUCUUGCGCAUACCCGAGUUCUCCGGCGGAGAGGAGUCCCUGCAUGUGCUGCCGCAGGUACACGACUACCUCAACCUGCUAUGCUACCAAGCCGACGUCAGUCGGUACAUCCACACGCAUCCGUUCCAGCUGCGGCAUGAUUACACCCUCGAAUCACCGUCGGCCUGAUUUCGCUGCAUGUGAGAUCCGUCUCAUGCAAAUCAUCCUCCGUGAUAGGAGGAGGUAGGGAGAGGGGAGGGGCUUUGAGGAGAACUUUUACACAAGCGACCAGAGCUCGUCCCAUGCGUUCAUACAGAUCAUCCUACACUAGAACUACCAGGCCACGACUUAAACCU